GAUUUGUGCCCAUUCGUGAUUAAUAUCUUGCAGAGCAGCUGUGCGUGUAGUGCGUUUUUAGCUUCAACAUCUUGGGAUUAAAAAAAGAACUGAUUUCAUAAGCUGCAUUAUGAGCUACAUCAGCUCUCCUCACACAACCCCCCUGGAGCACAGAACACUUUUCCAGUUGCUAGACCACAAUACAUCAGUAUCACCAAAUAAGGAAGCUAUCGUGUUCCGAGAUGAUGGGUUCAACCGAAACUCUUAUACCUUCAAGAAACUGAAGGACCAGUCCCAGAUCCUUGCGGCAAAGCUCAUAGAGCUAGGCCUGGAGCGAGGGGAUAAAGUGGUUUUUAUGCUUUCUAGUUGCUGGGAAUUUGUGGUAAUUUUGACUGCUUUGAACAGGAUUGGAGCGGUCGCUGUUGUAUUAGAUGUUACUUCUUACGGCUUCGUUGCCUCAAUAAGCGACCAAGUGAAAUAUGUGUUUACUGACCAAACCCAGGAUGACGUCAUCGGCUCUCUUGUGCGCAUGCGCGAAAAUGAUUCAAGCAAGUCUGUGGUUUUGGUGGGUACCACACGAAGGUAUAAAAUGGAGGGAACUAUUUUUUAUGGGGACUUAUUGGGAGAUGACAAAGUGGACUUUGAAAAGCUUACAAAGGUUGAAAUCAGUGUUCAGUUUGAUGAUUCAUGUGUGGUUGUGUUUACCUCUGGAAGCACAGGAAACCCGUCGCCCAAGGAAUACACACAUCACGGGUUUGUCAAUGGGAUCCUGGGCGAAGCACGUAUGGCCGGCCUAUCACGUGACACUAUUCUAUUCUCCGAUGCCCCCUUUGAUUGGAUAACAGGGCUGGCGAACAUAAGCUACGUCUUGGGGACUGCCACAACUCUUGUCACCUUCCCGCCAAAUCUGUUAUUCUCUAAUCACGUGACCACGAAGGUUCUUCGCAUUCUCGAGGAGGAGAGAUGUACCCAUGCGACCUUCCUGCAUUAUUUUCUGAAAGAUUUGACGACCUGUAAAGAGCUGGCGUCAUUCGACUUGAGCUUCCUUAAAGUGUGUCUUACCGGAGGCCAAAGUACAGACUUUGAUCUUCUCCACAAAGUACUCAAAGUGCUGCCUGGCUUGACCAUUUUUAUAGCGUACGGUUCAACAGAGGUAUUCGUCUGCUGCUCCCAGUCUGUGGACCUGGCGAGUAUCUGCCGUGUGGAUGAGGUUGGGAAGAUGAAAGUCAGUCCUGGGUUUGAGGUGAAGGUCGUGGACUCAGAAGGAAGACUUGUACCUGUUGAUACAGCAGGUGAGCUUUGUGUGCGUGGCGCCGCUAUGGUCCACUCUGCCAACCCCUUCAAUCUCCCAGCUACAAGCCACAGGAGCCCCAUCACUGCCACUGGCUGGUUCCAUACUAGCGACUGGGCGGCCAUCACCAGCGAGGGACUGGUACGAAUCCUAGGCCGCAUGGAUGACGUCAUCAAAUUCGCUACCGACAGCGUUCAGCCUAAAGAGGUUGAGGAAAUAUUAUGCGAACACGGCGCUAUCUCAGACGUCAAGGUUGUAGGGGUUCCAGAUCAGCGGCUGUUCGAAACCAUUUGCGCAUGCGUGAUUUUAAGCCCUCGUUUCCAAGGGAGCGAGAAAGAGGCUAUUUUAGAGCUGAAGGAGUUUGCCAUGCAGGGCAUCCCGGUAGGGUCGAAUGGCUUAUCUUGGGUACCGCAAUACUAUUUGUGUUUUGAAUCGUUUCCCAAGACAAGAACUGGCAAAACAGAUCGCAAGAUGCUUCGAAAGCUCGCUAUUGAAAAACUCGGCCUUUGACUGUGAAUUUUGGUCUCUGGCCACGGACCCGUACUGUACUGGGUAUAUAUAUAUAUAUAUGCAAUUUUAAGCAAGAUUGUGACAGACAGACAGACAUCGUUUCUCGGGGUCUUAUACAAAAUAGUACAUGGACAGGAGUCCAAAUAAAUUUAUAAUAUGUAUUAGCGUACCCACCAGCAACCUAUAAAAAUAUUUCUUCUCUUCCGGUGCCCAUAUAUGGGCAGUAGGAAUCCUACCAAUUCUUACCGCAGCGACGUCAUAUUCCUACCAAAUUACAAGGCUCGGUCACAUAUUAUAACGUGACCGCUUAGCAAGGAUCACUUGGAUUCUGUAACUCGUUGAGAACAGAAGUUCUCUAUACUAUCUAGCCUCUUUCAAAGCUUACCCCUCUGGUGUAUGAAACUCCAGUUUGGUUACACUGUGUGCUGAGUUCAACCCCCUGUGCACACGUACUCAACAAGCUAAAUGGCUACACAACGAAUCUGACUUGGGAUUUCAGCGCAAAACCAACAAUUUUUAUCCAAAUUGACUUAUAGUUCAGAAGCAUAAAAUACUGGACACGUUUAUUGCCAAAGGAUGACCAGGCUCUUUUGAAAACAGUAAUUUUUUUGUGGAAUGUGUGAAGUAUAACAAACAUUUAAAAAAUAGCUCAGCUUACUCGGCUCUUAUGACAACAGGAAAUAUACUAACGAACGCAAUAAACUGAAAAUUGUUUAAGAAUAAUAAGCAGAAGCCUAUCAGUUAGCCUACCUGUUAGCUAACCCUGCUAUAAAGCAAAGAAUUGCUCUAACUCUACUAACAAUAAGUAACCACAUAAUUAUACAAAGGCUGAAGAAAGAAUUAAAUUAAUUAAAUUUCGUAGUCAAAUGCAAAGGAUUUAACAGGGUAAAACUGUGAUCAUAAAUCCUACAGCUAAUAUAGAGGGGAUAAAUGCAAAACUGACAUACGACUGUUUCCUAUUAAUGGCAAAUAUUUAAAAAAAAUAGGCUGUUUCUAUAACAAAACUAGUCUGCGUCUGUCUGUCUGUCUAAAGUGAUCGCCUUAUCAGGCUGGUGGAUCAUUAUAUCCUAAUAACAACUCUAACUUAAUUUUAUUGUUGACUAUUUUGUUGCUUUUUCAAAAUGUGAGCUCGAUGUUUAGACAUGUACAAUGAAGUCUAAAAUGAACAUAGCCAUUGAAGAUGAUACGCGGAAGAUGUUUUUUUAUUACUUUUGUGUCUUCCCUCGUCUAAUUUAUAACAAUAUAUUACCUUUUAAUGAUUUCCAAGUCUUGUGCUCCGCUUGAACAGGUAUUUUUCUGAGAAAGAUCGCACUAGGUAGACCUCAAAACUUGCUGACAUUUGUUACAUUUGCUGACAUUUGCUACGUACGCUGACAUUUGUUACAUAUGCUGACAUUCGCUACCUGAUCAUAACCUCGGCAAAGAGAAUGAAACUCUACCUAAUUACUUCUUCUUAGUGUCUACUUCUUUGUCAUUUUGGAACUCUGUACCUAAUUACUUAUUCUUAAUGCCUACUUCUUUGUCAUUUUGGAACGAAUUCAUCUUUCCUGGCAACUUAUCAUGUUGCGCUGCCAAAAGCCUUUACGCGCUUAUAGUGGAUGAUGCUAUUCUUUGGGGAAAAGGAUCUAGAGACUACGCACUUUUUCUAUAACUUAGGGGUCAAAACUUAUGUUGGUCUCACCUAUUUUUCUUCUCUCUGAACGAGCACAGCGGCUUAUUUAGGUCCCCCAACGGCCUUAGUAAACUACGAGAACAGAGUUGUUCCAAAACUAAGGGGCGGGUUGUUGGUUUCAGGGGGUAGUGAAGGGGUGGGGUGGGGGUGAGAUGAGUUUGAAUUAGAGUAAAUCCUAAAGAUAAAACAAACAUUGAAAAUGAAUGAUAUAGUGUCGUCUUUUAUGAAGUAUUUGACUUAUCAUUAAGUGAAACCACUUUAACACGGGUAUCCCUAUAUUGACUAUACGGGGACGUGGAUAAAGUAGGGUAAAGUUUUUCCUUUUCUCUUUCCUACAUUUGUGUAUACAGUUCCCACCGCUUUUCUGUCAUGGACAGGGCUCCGAUUAUAUCAGUUUGCUUUCACAUUAAUCUCAAAGAAUUACAGACCUUUAGCGGCACCUCUUUUGGGCCAAAUACCCACCUCACCUGGCAAAAUGUAUAAUAUUUUUAAAUUUUGUUUUAAAUUUUUAUAUAAGAGGGGUCUUUUACUUUUUAUUUUUUAAUUUCCGCUUAAUAUAGUAAAACUGUGAUCAUAAAUCCUACAGCUAAUAUAGAGGGGAUAAAUGCAAAACUGACAUACUACUGUUUCAAAUGUCGCAAAUAUGACAAAAAUAGGCUGUAUCUAUAACAAAACUAGUCUGUGUCUGUCUGUCUGUCUGUCUGUCUGUCUGUCUGUCUGUCUGUCUGUCUGUCUGUCUGUCUGUCUGUCUGUCUGUCUGUCUGUCUGUCUGUCUGUCUGUCUGUCUAAAGUGAUCGCCUUAUCAUUUAUGUAUGAAAUUAUACUAACUGCUAUCCAUUAGGAAGUCUCACGCUGGUGGGUCAUUAUAUCCUAAUAACAACUCUAACUUCAUUUUAUUGUUGACUAUUUUGUUGCUUUUUCAAAAUGUGAGCUCGAUGUUUAGGCAUGUACAAUGAAGCCGAAAAUGAACAUGGCCAUUAAAGAUGAUACGCGGAAGAUGUUUUUUUUAUUACUUUUGUGUCUUCCUUCGUCUAAUUUAUAACAAUAUAUUACCUUUUAAUGAUUUCCAAGUCUUGUACUCCGCUUGAACAGGUAUUUUUUCUGAGAAAGAUCGCACUAGGUAGACCUCAAAACUUGCUGACAUUUGUUACAUUUGCUGACAUUUGCUACGUACGCUGACAUUUGUUACAUAUGCUGACAUUCGCUACCUGAUCAUAACCUCGGCAAAGAGAAUGAAACUCUACCUAAUUACUUCUUCUUAGUGUCUACUUCUUUGUCAUUUUGGAACUCUGUACCUAAUUACUUAUUCUUAAUGCCUACUUCUUUGUCAUUUUGGAACGAAUUCAUCUUUCCUGGCAACUUAUCAUGUUGCGCUGCCAAAAGCCUUUACGCGCUUAUAGUGGAUGAUGCUAUUCUUUGGGGAAAAGGAUCUAGAGACUACGCACUUUUUCUAUAACUUAGGGGUCAAAACUUAUGUUGGUCUCACCUAUUUUUCUUCUCUCUGAACGAGCACAGCGGCUUAUUUAGGUCCCCCAACGGCCUUAGUAAACUACGAGAACAGAGUUGUUCCAAAACUAAGGGGCGGGUUGUUGGUUUCAGGGGGUAGUGAAGGGGUGGGGUGGGGGUGAGAUGAGUUUGAAUUAGAGUAAAUCCUAAAGAUAAAACAAACAUUGAAAAUAAAUGAUAUAGUGUCGUCUUUUA